GCUGCCCCGAGGAGGUCGCCGGGCUCAGCUGCGCCGCCUCUGUCUCCAGCCGCGGAGCAGGCGAAGGCCCACGCCGCGUGCCGGCCACCGUCAUGUCCUCUGCGUCUCCCGUGGGGUCUUGGGCCCCGGCGGCCCCCAACGCCACGGCGGUGGCCAACAGCAGCGAGCCGGAGAAUCCCCUGUUCCAGCAGUUCGCCCGGCUGGACGAGGAGCUGCACGCCGCCUUCCCGGGGCUGUGGCUGGUGCUGAUGGCCGUGCACGGCGUCAUCUUCCUGGCGGGGCUGGUGCUCAACGGGCUGGCGCUGUACGUCUUCUGCUGCCGCACCCAGGCCAAGACGCCAUCGGUCAUCUACACCAUCAACCUGGUUGUGACCGACCUGCUGGUGGGGCUGUCCCUGCCCACGCGCUUCGCCGUCUUCUAUGGCACGCGCGGCUGCCUGCGAUGCGCCUUCCCGCACGUUUUCGGCUACUUCCUCAACAUGCACUGCUCCGUCCUCUUCCUCACCUGCAUCUGUGUGGACCGCUACCUGGCCAUCGUGCAGCCCGACGGCUCCCGCCGCUGGCGCCAGCCCGCCUGCGCCAGGGCCACGUGCGCCUUCGUGUGGCUGGCGGCGGGGGCCGUGACCCUGUCGGUGCUGGGCGUGGCGGCGGGCGGCAGGCCUUGCUGCCGCGUCCUCGCGCUCACCGUCCUGGAGUUCCUGCUGCCGCUGCUGGUCAUCAGCGUGUUCACGGGCCGCAUCGUGUGCGCCCUGUCGCGGCAGGGCCUGCUGCGCCAGGGCCGCCAGCGCCGCGUGCGGGCCAUGCAGCUGCUGCUCACCGUGCUCGUCAUCUUCCUCGUCUGCUUCACGCCCUUCCACGCCCGCCAGGUGGCCGUGGCACUGUGGCCGGAUGUGCCGCACCACGCCAGCCUCGUGGCCUACCACGUGGCCGUGACCCUCAGCAGCCUCAACAGCUGCAUGGACCCCAUCGUCUACUGCUUUGUCACCAGCGGCUUCCAGGCCACCGUCCGCGGCCUCUUCCGCCGGCAUGGAGCCGGGUACGAGCCCAAUAGCAGCAACAUGGUCAGCAUGCACAAGAGCUCCCGGGGCUCGGGCCACAACCACAUCCUCGGCGCCGGCCCCAGCGCCUUCACGCAGGACCUGGCCGACGGGCCUGGCGCUUAGUGGGCCAGUCGCCGC